GCGCGGCACUGGCACAGUUGUUUUCAACUCGUCGCUACGAAAAGUCGCAAGUUUAAAGCUGUGCAUUCGAAACUCUCCUAAUAAAGAAAAGAAAAGAAAAAAAAUCUGGUUUCCAGUGAUUGAUGAAAUUCACAUUUUGUCAGAGAAAUUGAGAGUGCUAAUCAAAGGUGUCAAUCAUAGUCAACGGGUGGAUCCGUUUCUGUCUCCAAGGUGUUAUAAGGAUUUGACUUUGGAAGUGUUCCGUAAUUCAGCUGACUUGUCCUGGUGCACAAAUCAGUCGCGAAUUUGAUACCGAGCUGAGUGAGAGACCGAAGAGGUGUUGUAGCAUGAGUGAAGGAGUUUGUUGAAAAAUUGGGAACAAUUUCACCAGACAGCCUCGUGUCGCGAAUGAACAACUUUUGAGAAAGUCGUCGAUUGUUGCAGACCACCGCCGUUGUUAUAUAAAAUCGUGAAAAUGCUGUCCACGUUGAUUAGAGCCGGUUCCCUGCAGACCAUGGGCCGUCAAUUUGCUCGGUCCGUGGAGACCCCGGUGCAGAUGCAGCAUGUCCGGGCCAUCUCCAAGAGCAGCGAGGUCAACUCAGAUUACAUGACCAUGCGAGAGAACCAGACCCAGAAAGUCAGCCGUGACUACAACAGCAAGUUGCAGGUCAGGCUGAAGAAAGUCUCGAGGACCCUAUCGACCCUCAACAACUCGAUUCCGGAGGCGGCCACACAGACCAUUGUCACCAAAAGCGAUGCCCGGGAGUUUAUGGCCGUCUUUCCCGAUCUAGUCCGUGAUUUGACUGAGUAUUGUAAGAAGUAUGACAACACAUUGGCCCCCAAGUGGUUCGUGCGGGCCCUGCAGUACAACGUACCCCAGGGCAAGAAGAACCGUGGACUGGCUGCCGUGCUGGCCUACCGGAUGCUAUCCAAGAGCGAAGAUCUGACCCCGGAGAACAUCCGACGAGCACACUACUUGGGUUGGGUCAUCGAAAUGUUCCAAUCUGUGUUCCUUAUUUGUGAUGAUGCGAUGGACGGCAGUCAGACUCGCCGCGGUCAGCCAUGUUGGUACAAACUGGAGGACGUUAAACUGUCGGGCAUCAACGAUGCCCUAAUGAUCGAUGCAGCCAUUUUCUACGUGCUUAAGAAGCAAUUUGGCGAUGAGCCUUACUACUCCAAAUUGGUGGAGACGUUCAACGAGAUCAAGUUCAUCACAACGAUCGGCCAAUCGCUUGACCUGCGAUCCGCGCGCAUGGACGUCACAAAAUACACGAUGGACCUGUACAAAUCCAUCGUUUGCCACAAGACUGCCUACUAUACGUUCUACCUCCCGGUGGCGCUGGCCAUGCACAUGACUGGUUUCACCGACCCGGAAGUAUUCCGCCAAACCAAAACCAUCCUGCUGGAGAUUGGCCUCUUCUACCAGACUCAGGAUGACUUCUUGGAUUGCUUCGGCGAUCCGGCCGUUACCGGUAAGAUCGGUACCGACAUCGAGGAAGGCAAGUGCACCUGGUUGUCCGUCGUGGCAAUGCAGCGCGCUUCCGACGAGCAGAAGGAACUCAUGAAACAGUGCUAUGGUUCCAGUGAUCCAGAGAAGGUGGCCCGUGUGAAGAAGCUAUACGAAGAGCUGGGUCUGCCAACGACCUAUGCCAUCUACGAGGAGGAGUCCUACAACAUGAUCAAGACUCACAUCCAACAAAUUUCUCGAGGACUUCCGCACGAGCUGUUUUUCAAGAUUAUGGAGAAGAUUUACCGCCGAGAUUGUUAAGCUAUAUCGUCCAAUUUUUGCUUGGAUGAGACAACCAGUGAAUGGUUGUGACACAGAAUAAUUGUAGCUUUUAGGAACUUAAUACUUACGUGUACUCCCCCCUCAAAAGACUGGCCCAAACUGUUCGCCAGUGUGCAAAUUGAUGUAGGAAAGCGCAAUGGCUGAAGUUUUUAGAAAAUUUUAGCCACCAGUACGUCUACUUAAUCGUUUACUGUACAAUAACGAUGAUUAGUGAUGAUGUGUUUCGUGUUUUAGUCAGGAUGAAUUGUGUUUUGGUAGGUUCACUCCUUGAUGUUGAAUCGCAUUUAAAAAUUCAUACAAAAUUUUCAUUUCCACUAUUGAUGGUUGGACUAACUGAAGCAAUUACACAUUAUCUUUUUGUCUAACUUUAGAUUUUUAAUAGAGAAGCCUUAAAUUGUACGAAUUAAUUUUGAUCUUUUGUAUAUUGAAUGCAAUCAGGUUUAAGUAACUUAGUUUAAGGACACACAAUAACUAUUUGAUAAUGUUUCGUGUAAAAAAGAUCAUAAUUAAUAUAUUCAAUACUGCAAAAUGAAAA